AUGGCAUCUGCGUCUCCAGCCUCCUCUCUCUUCGCGCACACUUCGCGGGAACUCUCUAACCCAGGCCCAGCAAGCUCUGCUGCCUCUUCCUCUUCUUCCUCGUCUUCCUCUUCUUCUUUCUCCACUUCUUGGCCAGGAUGUAGCAGUCAUUUGCGGCGCUGGGUUUUCCGCCCUGAGGCGUUGCAGGCACUGCGUGCCGAGGCGCACGAGGCUGCAUGUCGGUCGCUUCUUCGCCUCCGCAGGCGACGGAAAGGCGAGAGCGAAGGCGCGACUUCGGAGGACGCGUCUGCCUCCGUUCCGGGGCUGAAGGCUCUCUUGGACCUCACGGAGUACUUUGCCUUGCAGUUGGUGCUCAUUUGCAAACGGAAGCGCAUCAAACUGCCUGUCAUUGAGACGGCCUGCGUGUACCUACACCGAUUCUGGUGCACGCGAAGUCCCCUGUGCUACGACAUUCGUCUCGUCAUCUUUGCCUGUCUCCUGCUCGCCCUCAAGGCCGAAGAUGUCGCCCGGCACUACAGUCUGGGAGAUCUUUUGGGCGACAUUGCAGAACUCGACAUUGGGGAAGUCCUACGUCUGGAGCUUCCCGUGUGCGAUGCGCUCGACUUCCACAUUCUUGUUCUCCACACCCGCGGUCCCCUGGCGACUUUGAUGCAGCAGAUUUUCUUUUUGUCUCUGGCCCAGCCAGAGGGCGCCUCAAAGCGCACCGGAGUCGCUGCCGUCUCGCCGCUGCAGACAAGCGAGUGCCGAGCAGGCGAGACUUGUGAAUGCAGCGAAAAGGACGAGGCGGAGACGGAAAGAGACGACCCGAGCAGACGAGUGUCUGCUGAGUCUGAGGCGGACGACGACGCGAAGUGGCGGCUGGCGUGGCCUUCUGCCCUACGGAAACUGCACGAACAGAGCGAGGCGGAAAUCUCUCUCAUGUUCGUGUCAUCCACACUUCCGCUUGUUCACCCUCCCGCCAUCCUUGCCAUCGCCGCGGUUCUGUCCGCUGCCCGAAAUCCUUCUUGCGCCGAGGCGCUGGCCGCCGGCGGAUUCUCCAGUGUCGAGAAACUGGUCAGACGGGCUGUCUGUACAGACCUACAGGUGCGCACCCUGAAGCGAAAGGCGGAGCAGGACGAUGCCAGUGCGACACUGAAACGGGCGAAGAAGGAAGAGCCCGAGGGCAUAAUUAAGGCAGAAUUCAGCGCCGACGACGCGCCUGACGGAGCGCGGGAUGUGGAGACAAACGCGUCGCCCAUGCCCAGCGCAUCGAUGGCAUCACCUGGACACAGCGGGGCGAAAAGAGCCGAACAAAGCGUUGCCACUCAAGACGAAGGGACAGGAAGCAGAAGGGAGGGCAAGGCGGGGGGCGAAAGUGCUGCAGAGGAAGGCGAUGGCCAAGUCGAAGCCAUCUGGCGGGCGUGCCUCGAGGCGCCUAUCGCUCACAUCCAUGAAGAACUAGGUCGCAUCCGUGAUCUCCAACACCGCGUUCACCAGCAGCAAGUCGGCGAGAGUAUGGGGCAAAUCCUUGAGGCAUGCAUCGACGCCAUAGAGGAGAUGCAGCAGGCAGACGGUGAGGCGGAGACUGGCCGCGCUUCGGGGUCUGCUCGAUAUGGGCGAGGCGGUUCAGGCAGCGAGGACAAAAAGGAGAAGCGGAAGAAGAAGGAGAAGAAGAAGAAGAGACGCCGAGAGCAGGCCGAAAACCCACCUGACGACGGCAAACGAGGGGAGGAUCGCCUUCCGUCGCAAGACGCAUCCGCCGUUGCUUCCCAGAUCGACUCCGAUUUUGCGUUGUGUCUUUUGCAGGUGGGCGGAGCGAACGCGGACGGACAGGGAGAGACUCGGGGCUUACCGAGUGCAGCCGCAGCUGAACUGAGAGAAGAACCGAGCGAUGAACAGCUCGUCACCUCGAGCGAUGUCAGUGGCAACAGUUCGGUGGUCACGUCUCGUCCGUAG